AUGAAGAAAUUACUCUCAAUAUCUUUAAUCCAUAUAAAGAAGCUAUCAACAAGCAAGCAUGAUCGAUCGGUCUGCUGGCCUAAAUGCAGUUAUGGGCCUAUGGAAGUACAAAGAUCAGAAAUGUUAAACGGUAUAAAAAUUGUCGCUGCAAACACUUCCGGAGCGAUGAUGGCAGCGUGUACUAUUAUGUUCCAGGCUGGUUCUCGAUACGAGAGCUCCAACUUCCUUGGAGCUUCACAUUUCCUCCGCGCAGCCUCAUCAGGAUCCGGAUGUGGUUUCACUGCCUUCUCUAAGCUACGAGUUCUACAACAACAUGGCGCCUACUUGACUUGUUCUUCUGACAGACAAUCCAUUUCAUAUACAUUACAAUGUCCGCUAAUAUAUUUUUCAAAACUAAAGUAUUAUCUUCUGGAUACUGCUGCGAGAUGUUGUUAUCAUGACUGGGAAAUAUCUGAUCGGAAAUCAUUAGUGAGGGACGAUCUUGCUAGAAUAGAUCCAGAACAACGAGUUCUAGAUUUGGUUCAAAAGGCGCUUUGGGCUGGUCCACUAGCGAACUCAGUUUUCUGUGAGGACGAGAGAAUUGAUCAAAUGUCUGGAGACAUAUUGAAUGAUUACGUAAUGUGUAACUUUAAAUCCAGUAACUGUUGUGUUGCGAGUGUUGGAGUGCCUUUUGAUGAAACUAUGAAGCUAGCGGAACAGAUAGAUACCAAAAGGGAAAAAUCAAAAUUAAAAGAUUGUCCCCCAUCGAAACCUCGUGCAGGUUUUGAGUACUAUGACCUGGGUUCUGGCAGCGAUACGUGGAUAGCGGUGGCCGUACCAAGUUGUGGAACUGAUGAUUUGAACAAUCUCUUCAAACACGCAAUCGUUGCGGCCGCUUGCGGUGUGGACAACAUGCAACAGGGGCAACACGAGCUGGAUCGAGUCCCCCAACCACCACUCGGUUUAAUGACUGGGGAUGAUAUUUUCACCAACUUUAGAGCUUUCAACAUAUCAUAUGCGGACACUGGAAUAUUUGGUAUUGUAGCAAAAACUAAAUCAGUCACGGCCAACAGGAAUGCAUUCGCUGUGUCGGAAUUCCUUGCGAACGUGGGUGAUAUAAACUUUACACAGAUCCAAGAUGGGAAGAAGAGACUACAACUCAGCCUUGCGCUUCAUGAAGAGGACUGUGUGAAGGUGUCAGAAGGUCUUGCUUUACAGUUAGCCAACAACGUUCAGAUAGAUAGUGUAUAUGAUUAUUUUAGUAUGAUUGACAUGAUUAGUCUUGACGAAAUUAAAGCUACAGCAACAUCUUUGUCGAUGAAUUGUAAGCAAAUGGCAGUCGCAAUAGUGGGUGACCUUGGUGUUGUUCCAACUGAUCAAGAAAUCUUAAAACGAUAAAAUUUCA